AUGGCUAAGAGAAAGGUUAAGCGAUCUGUUGAGCAGAGGCAGGUCAAGCGUCAAAAGGACGAGGAUGCCAAGCUUGCCUCUGGUGUCUUCAAGGACUAUGACCAAGAGUCGGAUGUGUCUUUCGACGAGGAUGAAGAACAGGACUAUGAGCUCCGUCCUAGACAGUUCAAGGAGGAUCAGGAGCUUGAGGAACGUUUGCCUGUCAAGAUGCCAGACGGAACGUUCAAGAGAGUUUUGAAGCAAAAAGAGAUGGCAUCAGAAGAGUCAUCGGAGUCUGAGGAGAUGGAACCAGAACAGCACAGCUCCGAGGAAUCUGAAUCUGAAUCUGACCAAGAGUUGACUCCACAGGAAAAAUUGAUCAAGACCAAGGAGGAGAUUGCACGUAUUGCAGAACAAAUCAUGGAAGAUCCAGAGGAGCAUGUGAAGCUUCUGGCCAGAUUGCGAAGGAUGGCCAACUCGAAGAAUCCUAACACGUCCAAGCUCUCUCUUCUUGCUGCUGUUCCGAUAUUCAAGAGUAUUGCCCCAGCAUACCGUAUACGGCCACUCACAGAAAUCGAAAAGAAACAAAAGGUCAGCAAGGAUGUGGCCAAGCUGCGAUACUUUGAAGAAACACUUGUUUUUGAGUACAAACAUUACGUUGAUCUGUUGACUCAAAAAGCGAGGGUGGUUUCCACCACACCAAAAGCCACCGAACUGGACAAGCAAUUGGGUAUCCUGGCCAAUAACGCAGCAUGUGAAUUAGCUUUAGCUUUGCGAUUUUUCAACUAUAGAAAGGAACUUUUUCAAAUAGUGGUCAAAAGGGCUGUCAGAAAGCCUGCUUCCGAGUCUGAGUUCAAGGUAUAUGAGAGAAGUAUUCAGACCAUGGAAGAACUCUUCAAGGAGGAUGCUGACCACGGAGACAUCUCGGUAGAUCUGGCAAUUCUCUUGAACCGCGCCAUUCGCACGAGGGAAUACAAGGUUGACGAGAGUGUUGUGAACGUAUUUCUGGCAUUGAGCAUUUUGGAUGACUACGAUCCAAAUUCUACCGAGGAAGAAAAAAAGCUAAAACUUAAGAAGAAAGACAGAGUGCAUCUGUCGAAAAAGGAGCGCAAACAACGCAAAGAACGCAAGCAGAUUGAAAAAGAGCUAAGAGCAGCCGAGCAAGCCGUGAGUGCCGAAGAAAGAGAAAGAAAUCAAGCACAGGUACUGAAGAUUUUAGUUACGCUAUACCUUGAGAUCCUCAGAGCCAGACCUGAGAAACUAAUGGCUCCUGUUCUGGAAGGUCUUGCUAAGUAUGGACAUCAAGUCAAUAUUGAUCUUAUUGGCGACUUCCUCCAGAUCCUGCGCGAGAUCUGUGAGAACUUGCUCCAGGACAUCAACGAAGAAGGCAACUUUUCUAGCACGAGUAUCCGACAGGUCCUGCUCGCAAUCGUCACGUCCUUCUCGCUAACCGCAAACCUGCCAACCAAACGAAUGUCUGUGGAUUUAAACAAGUUCGUGCAGUAUCUGUACACGCUGUUGCCAACGCUUGCGCUCGAUCCAGAUAUGGAGUUUUCGCAUAAGACGCUUCGUCUGGUCGACCCUCUCGCCACAACACAAUAUCGUCCAAACGUUAACAUAGCCACCAAAUCAGAGCUGCUUCUGAGGUGUUUAGACUAUGUGUUUUUCAACUCCAGAUCAGGCUCAGGAAAAAGAUCUAUAGCAUUCACCAAACGCAUUUAUUCUCUUCUACUACAGGCCCCAGAGAAGACUGGUAUUGCAGGUCUCAAAUUUGUGGACAAGCUGAUGGCCAGAUACGAGGACAUUAAAGGACUCUAUACAACAGAAGACCGCAUUCAAAAUGGAGUUUACCAUGCCGAGCAAGAUAAUAUUGAACUUGCAAACGCUGAUGUUGCCGUCAUCUGGGAAAACGUGCUUCUCGAGUCUCACUAUUGUCCAGCAUUGGCCGCUGGUGUCAAAGCACUGAUGAAGAGAGCUAAAUAA